UUUUUUCUAACUCUCUAUGUGUAGGUCUGACAUUUUUUAUGCAAUUAUGCUUAUGGGGAGUUUAUUCAAAUUAAUCUACACAAGCUCGUAAUUAGCAUAGUUUAAUCGGAAUCCAAUUGAUCUAAUCAGGAAUCUUGUGUUCUUUUCAAAAAGAAAAUAAUCCUUCCUACGCCUCUGGCUGUGCAACCCUUUCUAUUCUGACAGAAACCGGUGGCGCUCUGGCUGAGGAGAGAUGCGAAGGGAGCCCCUUGCCAGGAACCAGGGAAACAUCCUUGUCAGGAAAGGGACGGGAUUAAUUUUACAUUUCUGGUCAUUUUCUUGCAAGUCGCGCUCAGGGACUGUCGUGCACCAGUUGAAGGGCCUGUGCUACUUCACCAACGGGACGCAGAGGGCGCGGCUCGUGCAGAGAUACAUCUACAACCGCGAGGAGUACGCGCGCUUCGACAGCGACGUGGGGAAGUUCGUGGCGGUGACCGAGCACGGGGAGCAGGACGCCGAGAACUGGAACUCACAGAAGGACAUACUGGAGCUGAGGCGGGCCGAGGUGGACACGGUGUGCAGACACAAUUAUGAGAUAGACAUCCCCACGGCCUCGAGCCAGCGAGCGCAACCUAAGGUGACCGUCUACCCAUCCAGGACAGAGGCUUUAAACCACCACAACCUGCUGGUCUGUUUGGUGACAGAUUUCUAUCCAGAUCAAGUCAAUGUUCGGUGGUUCCGGAAUGAACAGGAGGAGACAGCAGGAGUUGUAUCCACCCCACUUAUUAGGAAUGGGGACUGGAGCUUCCAGAUCAUGGUGAUGCUGGAAAUGACCCCCCAGCGUGGAGAUGUCUACACCUGCCAAGUGGAGCACCCCAGCCUCGAGACCCCUAUCACAGUGGAGUGGCGAGCCCAGUCUGAAUCUGCCCGGAGCAAGAUGCUGAGUGGCAUUGGAGGAUUUGUGCUGGGGUUGAUCUUCCUUGGACUGGGCCUCUUCAUUCGUCACAAGAACAAGAAAGGACCUCAUGGGCCUUUGCCAACAGGGCUCCUGCACUGACUCCUGAAGGUCUCCUGAAGAGCUUUGAUGGAUACUUCUUUCUCCUCUUCUGUAAUGCCUGCCUAUAACUGUUGAUAAUUCCCAGUUGCCUGCAAGUAUGCCUCUCUGAGAUUGGAGUCCUCUGACUCUGAGACAAUCAUUAGAUCACUUCCUGUCAUCACUCCUUGGAGAGACUGGCUGUGAAGUUUCAUCCUGCACUGACCCCAAAGUCUGUUUGUGCUUCAGCAAUGAAGCCAAGGGCUUUUUCUUUCCCAUUGUCUGUCAAUAAACUGUUCAAGAGAAGCACAUGAAACCAUCUAUCUGGCUGUAGAACUUUCCCAGGAUUAAAGACAAUUAUGAAUAGUA